UUUUUUCUCUUUCUCUUUUUUCUCUGCUGUCUUUUUAUUCUUCUCUCUCUCUCUCUCUUCUCUUCUCUUCCCUUUUCUUCAUCAUCAUCAUCCAUCUCCUCUUUCAAUUCAUUCAUUUACAUGAUAAUUUGUCGUCAAGCUGCUGGUGUUAAUUUCUCCCAAAUUCUGGUAAUUUAUUUAUCUCUCUCAAGUGAAUGUGUUUUAUUUCCCCUUUCAAUUAAUCCAAGUGAUUUAAGUAAAUCCUAUGAUUCUCAUUGAACAAUUAAUGUUAUGUGCUUCUUUUGGUGACCAUUGGAGAUUAAUUAAUCGAACAGCUAAUAUUUAAUAUCUACAGAAAGACAGAAUCUAUUGUUGUCUUUUUCUGUUCUCUCUCUCUCUCACUCAAUUUUUUUUGCUCUCUUUGUUGUUGUUAUUGUUCUCGCUCUCUCUCUCUCUCUCUUUCUCUAUCUUGUAUUGCCUCAUUUUCUUUCUGUCUUUUUCCUUAAUCUAUUUCUCUAUUUUAUUUUCCCUUUGUUUUUGUGUGUGAGUGUAUAUAUUUUACCUGUGUUUAUCUCUUCCUCUUUUACCUCACCUUUUUAUCAUUUUGAUAUCUCACUUCAUCUCUCACUCUGAGUGUGUAUGUGUGCUCUUUCCCACUCACUCCUACGUUUCUAUGGAUUUAUAGUUUCAAUGUUUCUUGGUGAUUUAGUGUAUAUUUUUUGACCUACUACCGACCAGUGUUUUCCAAUGGAAAGAGCCUUAAAACUUUUUAAUAGAAUUAGUCACCCAUAUACUACCUGGAUGUCACUCAGAGUUGACCCCGAAGCUCACCUGGAUGCGAUCUUCAUUGAUCUAUAUCAUCAAUGCUCAAAAGCCACCCCCAAUUCAGUAUUUACGUUAGAAUUGAUUGAAAAUUUGACACUUUUACCAAUCCAUCAACGUCGGGAACUUGUUAACAGGAUUCGUGAAGGAUGUGCACCACUUUUCUUGGCCUCUCUCCAUGGUAAUGUUGAAAUGGUUGAAUAUUUGAUCGUCCAAUGUGGUGCUGAUGUUGAAUUACGUGGUGUUUAUGAAGGCAGGGAUGAUCGAACUCACCAUUUUGUUACACCCUUAUGGUGCGCUGCUAUUUCGGGCUGGCUUGAUGUGGUCAAGUGUCUAGUAAAACACGGAGCCAACAUCAAUUCAGUUUCUGAUACUGGUUCAACUCCAGUUAGAUCAGCAUGUUAUAUGACUCACAUUGAGAUUGUUAAAUUUUUAAUUGAAAGUGGUGCUGACAUAUUUAGAGCCAAUCAUUCUGGUGGAACGUGUUUAAUUAACUCUGUUCAAUCCAUCCAAUUGUGCCGAUUACUUUUAAGCUAUGGAGUUGAAGUUAAUGCCUAUGAUAUACAAGGAGAAACGGCUCUUCAUUAUGCUAUUCAAGAACGUAAUUUUGGUACGGUUGUUUUACUAAUCGAUUAUGGAGCCGAUGUAACAAUUAAAUCAAAGCAUGGUAAUGAUGCACUUCAACUUGCCUGUCUCAAAAUGGCUACACGAAUUGUCAGUUAUCUAUUAGCAAUUCGUAAUUAUUCAGAUGAAAGGAUUGCCGAAGCUCACGAAUUACUUGGUGCAACCUUUCUGGACACUCGACUUGAUCUCCAAGCAACCCUUUCAUGUUGGGCUAAAGCUCUGGCCAUACGAAAUAAAGAUCCUUUCAAUCCGAUUGUUAAAAGAAAAGUACCUCCUAAAACUGCCUAUUCUUUUGCUACGGAAUUUGAGACUCUCGAAGAAUUAGAAAAUUUUGCCCACGAUAUGGAUUCGAUUAAAACUCAAUCGUUGCUCAUCUUUGAAAGGAUUUUGGGCCCUUUCCACCGAGACAUGAUUUCAAAAUUGUUCCUUCGAGCGGCAGCUUAUGCAGAUAGUUUACAGUAUCAACGAGGUGUCGACGUUUGGAAAUAUGCUUUAAGCCUUAAGAUUGAAAAAGAUACGAUACUUGAUCAUGAAACAUGUUAUUCUUUUGAAGGAUUGGUUCGUCUUUUUCUCGAUUUUCACAAUAAAACCAUUUCUGGUUAUCAUAAGGAGUAUCCAUUGUUUGAGGAUGUAUUUGACACACUUCGACUGCUAGUCACUGAUUUACGUCCUGUCAUGAGAUUAUUAACCAUUCGACCAAUUUUCAAGAAACAACAGGAUAGUUUUGAUUUGUGUUUAAAGAGUAUCACCCACUUGAUGCAUAUCCUUCUUGUUAUCAAAAAAGACGCUUCUCAAGACCAUUUGAUGCGUAAAUUAAUCGCUGAAUUGGUCCGAAUUGACCCACGAGACUCUAAUGAUAAUGCACUUCUUCACCUUGUCAUCUCCAAGAACAACAAAUUGGAACAAAGUUACGUCACUGUAAAUAAUAUAUUCCCAAGUCCUGAAAUAACUCGAUUACUUUUGGAAUGUGGUGCCAAGGUCGAUACCGUGAAUAAUGAAGGAUGUACACCUUUACACAUCGCCUGUCUCAAGUUUCAUUACAAUAUCAAAGUUCGAGACAUUUUAUUUGAAUAUGGUGCUCACAUUUGUCGUGCCAAUUCAAGGGGCACUCGACCUUAUAAGCUACUCUUUCGCACGGAUCCAUCAUUUAACCUUCUCCCAUUUACUUCACUUCGUUGUUUAGCAGCUAGAAAAAUCAUCGAAAAUAGAAUACCUUAUCAAGGUGUUUUACCAUUAAUUCUGGAAGAUUUUCUCAGCAUUCAUUAACGUAAUUAACGAAAAUAGAAAAAAAAAGAGAGACGAAGAGAGAUGAAAAACAAGAAAGAGUCAAGUCAUUAUCCAUCAAAGAAAACAUUAUUUCCUCCACUCUCUCACUUUCUCCCUCUCUCUAUAUUUCUUCACCAUUAUCAUUACUCUCAUCAUCAUAUUAUCAUCAUAAACAACACUGUCACUCACAUCAUCAUCAUCAUCAUCUCUGUCAUCAUCACCAAUGUGACUGCAAGAAAAAAAAGUUUUACCAAAAAAAAAGCUAACCAACAAUACACACACCAAGAUCUUCACAAACCUAAACACUUUUAAUAUUGAGAUAUUAUUAAUUUAUGUUCCAAUUUUGAUGUUCUUGUCAUCAUCUCUUUUCAAUUAUCAUCAUCAUCAUCGUCGUCGUCGUCACAUCAUCCAUACUAUUGUUAUUAUUAUCUAAUUGUUUUAAGCUAACUGACCAUUUCCAUUAACAGGGUUUAUAAUGUAUCGUCUUGACUUUUAUCAUUUAGUUAAUUGCCAUCAAUUAACAAGAGAAUGUAUUUUUAAUGCAUAAUUUAAUAUGUGUGUAUGUAAAUGAAGGUUUGUCUUUAAAAUUCAACCUUAUAAACAAUCAAAUAUCAAUGGAAAGACAAAAAAGAAAGGUAAUUUAAUUAAUGAUAAAAUUAUUUCUUAAUCAAGUAAAUCAUGACGAUUAAAGAUCACAAUGAUGAUGACGAUGCUGCCAUUGAUUGAUGGAUGAUUACAACAACACUCAAUACAUUUGAUCAACUUUUGUUUUCUUGCAAAAACCAAUUAACAAACCUGAACCUCUGAUUGAAUCAAAUUAAAUCAACAAUUGAAAAAAAGAAAAUUAAAAAAUUAUUUCAUUUAUUUCAUUUAUUUAGUGUAAAAAUUAAAAUCUCAUUUCGAUUAUCA